UUUUUUUUUUUUUCAUCUUUUUACCUUUUUACCCUUUAAUUAUUAUUAUUUUGUUUUGUUUGAAAAUGUCAAGUAUAAGAGAAAGGAAAGCUAAUUUUCAUCUUGAUCAAGAGUCAGCGCCUAGUCGAUUAGUUUAUACUACAAAUUGGAUCAAUUAUAAAGGCGCUUGGGUGACAGUGAUGCUUAUUGUGAUUGCACUUAAACUAUUAUAUUCGCUUAUUCCCUUUAUAUCUUCAGAGACAAGUUGGACAUUAACUAAUUUAACUUUUAAUGCAGGUCACUUUAUUAUGUUUCAUUGGUUACAAGGUAUACCCACUUUUGAAAAUAAUAAUCAUCAAGGUGCAUAUGAUGGUUUAACAGUUUGGGAACAAAUUGAUGAUGGAGUUCAAUUUACAGCAACAAGGAAGUUUCUAGUUGCAGUGCCUAUUAUUUUAUUCUUAUUAAGUACACAUUAUACACAUUAUGAUUUCUUACAAUUUGCUAUUAAUUUCUGUUCUCUUAUUAUCGUGUUGAUUGCUAAAUUACCUGCUAUGCAUCAAGUUAGAAUAUUUGGUAUCAACAAACGUUCUGAAGAAGUAUUUUAAAAAAGAGUGUGAAGAAGAAGAAGGAGAGAGUGUCUUAAAUAUACCAUACCAUUCAAAAAAAAAAAAAAAAAAAA